AUGGCCGACGUAAUUAUCAUUGAUGUAUGGGCUGAUAAUGUACAUGAAGAGUUCUCGAGAAUUCGUGACGUUGUUCACCGAUAUCCUUACAUUGCACUCGACAUUGAAUUCCCUGAUUUUGUUCAUCCCUGUAAUUGUCGUGCUGAUGCAAGAAUCUACUAUGGGCAUAUCAAAGCCAAUGUAUUUGAUUUUGAGAAGAAUCCCACUAAAGGUGUAACUUCUCAAACACUAGCUGACUCCCUUGCAUCUGCUCGGCUGGUUUCAAACCCUGCUGUUCAUUGGGUCACAUUUCAUGGUACCUACGAUAUGGCCUAUCUUGUCAAGCUUUUGAAUGGUUGCACUCUCUUGCCAGAUGCAUUAUCGACUUUUCACUCGAUGGUUAAUAGGAUAUUUCCUAACUUUUACGAUGCAAAGCACAUGGUUCACCACCAUUAUGUAUGGACAGGGGGUCUUUCGAAACUAGCUAGGGACAUGGGGGUACAGAGUUCUGCACUCAAUAUGCACCAAGCAGGGGCCGAUAGCGUGGUUACAGCCAAGGAAUUUUUCGUUCUCAAGAAGCGUGUCAUUAAAAGGGGUUGUGUUGGUGAGUGCAACAGAUUGCUAAAUGGUUUGUAG